UCAUAUGUCAAAUGUCAAUUCUGGAUUCAUAUAGCUUAGCUUCUUUAUUUGUGUUUUAACUUGUAUUUUCACAUGAUAUAUGAAGUACAUACAAUUACAAUUAUAAUAUUUAUUUAUAUUUAGUAAUACAAUCUACGUUAAUGUUUAAAUUUUGAUCAGGUAGGGAGUAAGUAUGGACAAAUCAAGCAAACGACGUUAUUCUUCAUCAAGUUCCGAUAGCGCUGAAGAAAGUCGGAAAAAUGAUCUAAAAGAAAGGGAUGAAUUUGCCAAACGAUUGAAAAAACGAGAUGAAGAAAAGGUAAAGAAAGUAACAGAGGCGACUAGUAAAAGAUCAUACGAAGAAGCUGCAAAGCGGCUCAAAUUAGAAGCCGAGGAUAGAGAUAAAAUCUUACCAAAACUUCGAGUGCAAUCGCGACGUAAAUAUUUGGAAAAAAGAAAGGACGAUAAAGUUGUAGAAUUAGAAGCCGAUAUAGCUGAUGAUGAAUAUUUAUUUGACGAAAGCAUCUUAACAAAAAGAGAAAGACAAGAGAGGGAACAUAAAAAAGUUCUAUUAAAAUUAGCAAAAGAACAUGAGAAAGCGAGAGAAUUAGAAAAUGUUCAAAGGUAUCAUAUGCCACAAGACUUGGGGAAAGGCGAAAAAGGUGAAUACAUUGAAGUUGAUGAAAAUGAAAAGUUGCCACAUUCAGAACAACAAAAAUGGGAACAAGAACAAAUCAAAUCAGCAUUCUUUAAGUUUGGUGCAAAAGAUGCAAAAGCCAAAGAUGAGUAUGAACUAUUACUUGAUGAACAAAUUGAUUUUAUACAAGCUCUUAAAAUGGAGGGUGAUGAUGAUAAGACAGAAAAAGAGGAAAAAACCGAAUAUCAGAAAAUGCGAAUGACAAUAGAAGAAACGAAAAAGUCACUCCCCAUAUAUAGCUUUAAAGAGUCUUUGAUAGAGGCAAUAAAAAAGUAUCAAAUAUUGAUAGUGGAGGGUGAAACAGGUUCAGGAAAAACUACACAAAUACCACAAUAUCUACUUGAAGCAGGUUUUACCAAAGAUAGUAAAAAGAUUGGUUGCACACAGCCAAGAAGAGUAGCUGCAAUGUCUGUAGCAGCCAGAGUCGCCCAAGAAAUGAAUGUGAAAUUAGGUAAUGAAGUUGGAUACAGUAUAAGAUUUGAAGAUUGCACUUCAGACAGAACAGUAAUAAAAUACAUGACUGAUGGCACACUUCAUAGAGAAUUUCUAUCAGAACCAGAUUUAGCAUCAUACAGUGUAAUGAUUAUUGAUGAAGCUCAUGAAAGAACUCUCCAUACUGAUAUUUUAUUUGGUCUUGUCAAAGACAUAACUAGAUUUAGGCCAGAUUUAAAACUACUAAUUUCUAGUGCAACAUUAGAUGCUGAAAAAUUCUCAAAUUUCUUUGAUGAUGCACCUAUUUUUAGAAUACCAGGCAGAAGAUUUCCUGUGGAUAUCUAUUAUACAAAAGCUCCAGAAGCUGACUAUGUUGAUGCGAGUGUUGUUUCUGUUUUGCAAAUCCAUGCCACCCAGCCACUAGGUGAUAUUUUAGUCUUUCUCACAGGGCAAGAAGAAAUUGAAACUUGUGUAGAAAUGUUACAAGAGAGGACAAAGAGAAUAGGAAAAAAAUUAAAAGAGCUUUUAAUAUUACCUGUAUAUGCCAAUUUACCUAGUGAUAUGCAAGCCAAAAUAUUUGAACCAACACCUGAAGGUGCACGAAAAGUUGUACUAGCCACAAACAUUGCAGAAACAUCACUUACAAUUGACAAUAUCAUUUAUGUUAUUGAUCCAGGGUUUGCGAAGCAAAAUAACUUUAAUUCAAAAACAGGUAUGGAGAGUUUGAUGGUUGUCCCAAUAUCAAAAGCGUCUGCUAAUCAAAGGGCAGGAAGAGCGGGGCGGGUCGCCCCAGGAAAAUGUUUCCGAUUGUACACAGCUUGGGCAUAUAAAUAUGAGUUAGAAGAUAAUACUAUUCCAGAAAUUCAAAGAAUCAAUUUAGGAAAUGCUGUUCUUACGUUAAAAGCUUUGGGAAUUAAUGACCUGAUUCACUUCGAUUUCUUGGAUCCCCCUCCACAUGAAACACUUGUAUUGGCAUUAGAACAGUUAUAUGCCCUUGGAGCCCUCAAUCAUCAUGGAGAAUUAACUAAAGCUGGCAGAAGAAUGGCAGAAUUUCCAACAGAUCCAAUGCUUGCUAAAAUGUUGCUGGCUAGUGAAAAGUAUAAAUGUUCAGAAGAAAUAGUGACAAUUGCAGCAAUGUUGUCUGUUAACAGUUCAGUUUUCUAUAGACCUAAAGAUAAAAUAAUUCAUGCAGACACAGCAAGGAAAAAUUUCUUUCAUCAUAAAGGAGACCAUUUAACAUUAAUGAAUGUUUAUAAUCAGUGGGUAGCAUCAGAUUAUUCAGUACAAUGGUGUUAUGAAAAUUUUGUGCAAUACAGAUCAAUGAAGAGGGCCCGAGAUGUACGAGAGCAAUUAGUAGGUCUAAUGGAAAGAGUAGAAAUAGAAAUGAUGUCAAGUGUGGCUGAUGAUACGAACAUUCGUAAAGCCAUCACUGCUGGUUACUUCUACCACAUUGCAAAAUUUUCGAAAGGUGGUCAUUAUAAAACUGUAAAACAUAAUCAGACAGUUAUGAUUCAUCCUAACAGUGCACUAUUUGAAGAAUUACCUCGCUGGGUUAUAUACCAUGAACUCGUUUUUACAUCUAAAGAAUUCAUGAGACAAGUCACAGAAAUUGAAAGCAAGUGGCUUCUGGAAGUUGCGCCGCACUACUACAAAUCUAAAGAAUUAGAGGAUUCAACAAAUAAAAAGAUGCCAAAAACUGUUGGCAAAUCUUCAGGCACCCAAUAAAAAACAUUAAACUCUA